AUGGAAACUAGAGGAACUAAGAGAACAGCUGAAGUGAUCGAAGACAGCAAGAAUGAUACCUCUAAUAAGAGACAGAAGACAAGUGAGGAGAAUGAGACUGAAGUUAAAGUUCAGGACAUUGCUCACUUAAUGAGGAUCGAUUCUAUCAAUAUGACAAAUGCAUCUGGAUCUGGACACCCAACUUCAUGUUCAUCUAUGGCUGAGUUACUCUCAACUGUUUUCUUCCAUCCAAGCGGGAUGAAGUUUAAUCCUCAUACUCCAAGAGGCUUUGAGAAUGACAAAUUUGUGCUCUCUAAAGGCCAUGCUGCUCCUAUUCUUUAUUCAGCAUGGAGUCAUGCUGGGCAUGUUCCAAAAGAAGAACUGAUGAAUCUAAGAAAGAUUGACAAUGAUCUUGAAGGGCACCCAACUCCAAGACUUGACUUCAUCGAUGUUGCAACUGGUAGUCUUGGACAAGGCCUUAAUGCUGGUGUGGGAAUGGCUUACUCCAUGAAGUACUUUGAAAAAGUAUCCAACAAGGUAUUCUGCUUACUUGGUGAUGGAGAAAUGGCAGAGGGAUCUAAUUGGGAGGCUAUGAACUUUGCAUCCUUCUACAAGCUCGACAACUUGGUUACUAUUUUAGAUAUUAACAGGCUUGGGCAGUCUGAUGAAACAUCUCUGGGACACUCAGUUGAUGUCUAUGAGAAAAGAUUUGAUGCUUUUGGAUUCCAUACUUUCGUGGUCGAUGGACAUAGCGUUUCUGAAAUUGUUAAAGCUCUUGAAGAUUCUAAAAAUAUUACAGAUAAGCCAAUUGCUAUCCUAGCUAAAACUAUUAAAGGGAAGUACUUCCUUGAAAAGGCAGACAAGCAACCAUGGCAUGGAAAACCUUUAGGAGGUGAGAGUAGUCCUGUCGUAGAAAAUAUUGAGAAGAUGAUCCAAGAUAAGAACGCUUCAAUUAUUCCACAAACUCCUGAAUCUGAAGCGAAAGAGCCAGAGCAUACCGAACUGGCAGUCCCUGAAUGUAAAUAUAACGUGGGAGACUUUGUGGCAACAAGAAAAGCUUUCGGAGAAUGUGCCAAACUCCUCGGUGACCAAUCAAAUCUGGUUGUAGGUGUUGAUGCAGAUGUAAAGAACAGCACAAUGCUCCAAUUCUUAAAAGAUGCUCACCCAGAUCAAUUCAUCGAUUGAUUUAUUGCCGAACAAAACAUGGUUGGUGCAGCAAUCGGAGCUGGAGUUAGAGGAAGAAUUCCUUUCUGCUCCACUUUCGCUACGUUCUUUACAAGAGCCUUUGACCACAUCAGAAUGGGAGCGAUUUCACAAUGUAAUGUAAAAUUCGUAGGAUCUCAUUGUGGUGUAUCCAUUGGAGCAGAUGGACCUUCACAAAUGGGUCUUGAAGAUAUCGCAAUGUUCAGAACAGUUCCAAAUUGUGUUGUAUUUUAUCCAUCAGACUCUGUAUCCACCUUCCAUGCUACUACUCUUGCUGCCAAUCACAAAGGAAUGGUAUUCAUUAGAACUGGAAGACCUGAAGCUAAAACCAUCUACAAAAAUGAUGAAGAAUUCAAGAUUGGACAGAGCAAGGUUACUCUUUCGAGUGAAGAUGACAAGAUCACUCUUGUAGGAGCUGGAGUGACUUUCACUGCAGCAAGUGAAGCUGCAGAGAAGCUUAAGGAAGCAGGAACUAAUGUUAGAAUCAUUGACCUCUUCUGUGUAAAGCCUAUUGAUAAAGAAACACUUGUAAAAUCUGCCCAAGAAACCAACAACACCAUCUUAGUGAUUGAAGAUCAUUAUCCAGAAGGAGGUCUCUUCGAAGCAGUUUGCUCAGCUGUUGCAUCUGAAGGAGUAAAGGUACACUCUCUCGCAGUUAAUGAUGUUCCAAGAAGCGGAAAGCCAAAAGAGCUCCUUGCUAAAUACAAGAUUGAUUGUGAUGCAGUAGUAGAAAAAGUAAAAGAGUUGACUUCAUAGAUAAUUCAUAUUGGAUAUCCACCUUCAAUUUUAUUUGAU